AUGGCGACUCGGCUCAUUCAACCUCAGGACAAGUUGCCAAAACUUGACAUAAAGGCUUUCGGUAUCCUCAGUGAUUUGAAGAUGAAUCUCAAUCAGCAAAUUUCUAAUACUCUGCCUCGAAAAGACUAUGUCAAUGCCAUUCUUGAAAUCUGGGAGGCUGCACUUUACCUGUUAGACCACAACCACCCAGAACUUCACCAGGAAGUGGCACGAAAACUGGUCGCCAACAGUUCUUACGGCCGGAAAUACAUUGUUCAAACUGCUCAACACAUAUCGCUCUCAGGACAACACUCAGUUUGUGUUGAAACCUUGAUACUUAUUCUCGCCCAUCCUUCCUUGUUGAAUUGCCCAGCCGUCGAGUCAUGUGUGCAAGACAUGUAUGCCUGUGUUGCUGGCGAAGGUGGAGAGCAUGGUAUUGACUUCCUAUCUCGUGCGUGUACCUCUCGUCUUGCGAGGCUUGAGAAAUACUCCGGAACUCUCUCCUCCGAAGAAUACGGUCUUAUCUCGUCCAUAGCUAGAGCAUGCCAUGAGCUGGUCCGCCGAACUCCCAGGAUACAAGCCCGCAAAAGCCGACCUGCCUUCCUAGAUCCUCUGAGCAAUUUGAUUGCCAAAAUGGACGAGAAGUUUCCCACAACCAACCUUGAAGGCCUUCAUUCGAGCUUAGACAUAGUCACGAGAUUGGUGUCUAGCACAUCAACACACCUCAAGGGUGCCGGAACUCUAGAGACCAGCGGAGAUGGCCCAUGCGACGACUUGCCAUCGUUCCCAACAAUUGUCGACAAGCCAGGCGGAAGGCAUGACAAUGACUUUGCCGAUAUAUCCGAAAUUUCCAUCUUUCCAACUGUCGAUGAAGUCAAGAGUCAGCACGCCGUCUAUUUACCAUCUACCAACUUUCUCGACACACAUGUGCUUGAAGAUCCUCUUCAGCGAUAUAUCGAUUCAAUGUUUAGGCUUCUUAGACACGAUACCAUCGGCCCAGUAAUCGGCGUUCUUCGGGAACUCUUGGGCUCGGAUGAUCCAAUGGCAGGCCGUCUUUACAACAAUGACCUCGGUGCCGAUGUAUACAAAGGAUGUACUGUUCAUGCACUCUAUCUGGACAAAAAGCAAGGGCCACGGGCGGUACUAUCCUUUUUUGAACCACCGGAUAUUUCAGACUGGCCAAUUCAAUGCCGGAUAGGGUGGUGGAUCGACUCUACUCGGCUGGAAGAGGGACGGCUCCUUUGCUUCGUCUCGUCUGAGGCUGGAUGCCAGAACACACUCUUUUUCCAAGUAACUCAAAAGCGAGUCAAAGGAACAGAUCACAAUGGUCAAAAGUGUUUUAGCGACUGUCUUGUAUCUGAUGGAAAGUCCCCACGAAUAACCGCAAAGCUUAUCUGUCCCAAGCGAAGCUCAUUUAGUCAGUUAGCCCGCUUGUUUUCGAACAAAACUUCGGGGGUAUUGGUCGACUUCAACGGCAUUCUUCCUGAAACUUUCUUGCCCGUGUUCAAGAACCUUCAGAAGAUUCGGCUUGACAACCAUCUGCCCUUUUACAAGUGGCUAGUGCCAACAAGCUCAGAAGUUAGUAACAUCCCGCCUCUAUAUGCGCGUCACGCAGGCUUCACGUUCCCUCUUGGUUGUAUAGCCAAGAACCAUGGCACCGAACUUAGCCUGGAUCCUAAUAUUGGGUUUCAAAGAACCAAUCUCACUGAGCUAGAAACGCAUACAGGUCUUGACAAUGGUCAAUGUCAGGGCUUGGUGGCAGCUCUUUCCAGAGAGUAUGCCCUUAUCCAAGGUCCACCAGGUACUGGAAAGUCGUAUCUUGGCGUACAGCUUGUACGUGUAUUGCUAGCAGUGAGAGAACAAGCGAAGCUGGGCCCAAUCGUCGUAUGUUGCCACACAAACCAUGCUUUGGACCAGUUUUUGAAACAUCUUGAUGCUGCCGGAGUCGAUGGCAUAGUCCGCAUCGGUAAUCGAAGUAACACUCCCGAACUCGAAAGCAGAAAUCUUCGACGGCUCAAAUUUGAAGCUCCCUUAACAACAAUCGAGCGCCGUGAUCUUGAAAUCCUAGACCAGAAGGAAGCGAGUCGCAGAAAGCAAACGCAAGAAACAGCCAAAGACUUGCAAAGAACUUGUGAAGGGCCGCAAGACCCUCACCUAUUGAACUACAUUGCCAAGACCAGGCCAGACAUACAUCGGCAGUUGGCAACGAAGCGAAGGGCUUCAGUUACUCCCCAGGCAGGUUUGGCUGCUUGGCUCGGAACACAAAGACCGUCAGCAGUUGCUUCCGAGAAGUGUGAGUUGGAACAACUUAGCCACAACGCUGAGGUAGACAUACAUGACCUCUCUUCUGCUGAGCGGUGGGCUCUUCUAGAUCAUUGGAUGGAAGAAUUCUCUCAGAAAAAGGUCGACAUCGCUUUUGAGUCAGUGAUGGAGGCAGAGCUUCACCGUAAGAAUGUCGGUAAGAUAUUUGACACUGUCGAACAACGGAUACUUUCCAAAGCUCAUAUCAUCGGGAUUACUACAUCAACCGUUGCGAGAAGGAUCGACUUGUUCAAGAGUGUGUCCCCCAAGGUUAUGAUAUGUGAAGAAGCAGCGGAGGUAUCGGAGCCUGAUUUCAUAUCUACACUGAUUCCCGGACUUGAACACCUGAUCCAGAUCGGAGAUCACAAGCAACUUCGCCCGCAUAUCAACAACCACAAGCUUGGGGUUGAGUCAGAUACUGAGAAGAAAUGGCAAUUCGAUCGUAGCCAAUUCGAAAGACGUGCCACCGGAGAACCAGGCUUUUCUCUUAUGCCUUUUGCACAGCUCAACGUGCAGCGACGAAUGCGGCCCGAGAUCUCGAAGCUCAUCAAGAGGUUAUAUCCUGAUCUCAGAGAUCAUUCUAUCACUAUGGACCAUCCAGAUGUGGCUGGUAUGCGGCAUGACCUCUUUUGGCUUGAUCAUGACUACCCGGAAGACGCGCAGUAUGAAGGUCGACAUGCCAUGUCGCAUCGUAACAGAUAG